AUCGCCAUCGCACCCCCCGCUACUAACACACCCUUCCUCGCCAUCAUCCUCCUCCUCCCUCCGUGGCCCGCACUCGCACUAACGACCCAAGACUCCUCACAUCUCAUUCACCCGCGCGUCACCCCCCACUCACAGCGCGUGGUGCAGCACGCCCAGCAUGCUACUGCUCACGGUCCUCUUGUGUGCGACGCUAGCGAACGCGCUCCCGCACCCGCCACAACAGGUGCCGUUUGGACCUUCCCCGCCUUCCCCCCAUCCAACCCCGCCACCAGGUUUCCAGACCUACGAUGACACCGUUGCGCAGGACAAACCGUCGACGCCGGAGAAGCGCGCCGCCAUGGCCAAGCUUCUCGACAAGUAUGCGCCCGUGUUCAAGCUUGCAUCGACCGAGAGGUACUAUCCGAGCUCGGUGCCAUUCAUGCUUGAGCACUACGACUUUGUCGAGUGGGAGAACGGGACACAGUUCGAGCCAACAAGAGACGUGUUCUCGAGCUCACGCCUCGACUCCCUCCCGCACCAUGGGAAGCGCCAGCACCUGUCCGUCACGCCGCCACAUAAUCCCCAGCCACUCGUGGACGGGCCCGAGAGUUACUUCCUCUACGGGCCAUCUGGCAUGCCCGACGGCAUGGAGUACGGCGAGGACGGGCGAGGACGCGUGCACGAUGAAGUGUACGGCUUCUGGGUGGACAAUGGGCGAGGCGUCGUGGAUCUGUGGUACUGGACCUUCUACCCAUACAACCUUGGCAAGGAGGUUGGGUAUUUCGGAUGGCUUGGUAACCACGUGACAGAUUGGGAGCGAUUGCGCGUAAGGACAGUAAAUGGGACCGCGCAGUCGGCGGACUUUAACACACACUCUGGCGGGGCGUUCAGUGCUGGCACAUACCGCUGGUCCGACAUGGAACGGCAAGGCGAGCGCCCGAUCGCAUAUGUUGCUUCUGGGAGCCACGGCGUGUGGCCCACGCCCGGCAAGCACGUCUAUGCGCAGCUUCUCAACCUGUGGCAACUUGUCGACAUGACAGACGACCACGGCGCAAUUUGGGAUACAAAGGGGCACGUUGUGCCGAUCGAGUGGUGGACAGGCCCCGACCUCGCACACAAGAUCAAGCACACGGGCAAGGAAAGUUGGCUCGAGUUUGUCGGCUCGUUCGGAAACCGCGGCGACUCAAAUUGCUGGUGGCAUUCGAUCGUUGGCAUCUGUCAGCUUGUGGGCGGCCCACCCGGCCCGAACAGGUGGUUCGGCGACCCGCCAGACUGCAUCAUCGGUGGCGCCGCGCCCGACCACUCGACAUACUCGUUCUACCUUUCGCGCAACGUGACCGAGCAAGCCCGUGCGCUAAACGUGUCGACGGUGCUAGUUGAGCAGAUCUGCGCUCGCCCCGAAGUCGCAUUCGACGGUGAGGUGGACUGGAACACACUGCGCGCCGACCAGAUGACGGUGUGGACGGUACCGGGCCGCGCAAUCCCCUUUCGCGGCACGGCGCAGCACCACGCGACUGCCGACCCGUGCGGCGGCGGACGGAGCGCGGCGAAGGCUUACCGCCUCGCACUGUACAACACGGCAGGAGAGCGUGUGUCGACAUCGAGUCUGCGCGUGCUGUGUAUGUACGAGCCGGGGAAGCGGGGGUGGGUGCUCUCCCCAGCAGCGGAUAUCGACGACGUCGACGAGUGGCGGUGGAUGCUCAAGGAGAAGCAGCGUGAAGACCCGCCGAGCCACACGCCGCCGAGUCCCACAAGUAAUGGGCGUCCGCCUGAAUAUUAGAGAGGGGGUGAGUGUACAGUAGCAUCAUGUAGCCACGUCUUGACGAGUAGGAGUAUGCAAUGCCAUGCAUUUGAGAGGUGCUGCCG